UAGAAGUAGAGCGACGAGCCACAGCGCGAGACGGCGAGAAGACUCUUCUAUCCUAUCCGCGCGCAACUGUGUAAAGUUUACGGUGGGUUUUUUUUUGUCUCGAGAGACGCACAGCUAGCACCUGCCCAUCUGCAGGCGCAAACGGAAAGUUUCCCCCCUAGAUACCGAGGACAGUCCGGGAGCACGGGGACAGCGAUGACGGACACUAUAUUACCGAAUGGCCAGAUUCCAGACACUGUACCCCGCAAAGAGAACGGAAGAGCGGGCAAUGGAUACUUUAAAAAGGGCUGUAACCCGCUGUGCCAGACGGGCCGCAGUAAGCUCCAGAGCCAGAGAGCUCAUCUCAACCAGCAGAUCAUCAAGCAGAUGAGGCUACGCGCCGGGGCAGAGAACCUACUGAAGGCUAGCAGCAACAAUAAGGUUCGUGAGAGUGUGUUACUGGAGCUAAGCUACGUCAAUGCUAACCUGCAGCUGCUAAUGGAACAACUGGAGGGGCUCAACAGCAGCGUGGAGGUCUACCAGAACACACAGGAGAGCAUCUGUAUUCCUCUGAUCGCGCUCGGCAUGAAGGAGACGAAGGACAUCGACUUCUCUGUUCCAUUUAAGGACUUCCUGCUUGAGCACUACAGUGAAGAUGGAAACGACUUCCAGGAGGAAAUAGCCGACCUAAUGGACCAGAGACAGGCGUGUCGGACCCCCAGUCGUAGCGUGGAGGGGGUGGAGCUUCUGGCCUCCUACUUCAGCCAGCUGGCUCUGCUGGAGAACAGAUUCUUCUCUCCCAACAGGCAGAUAGGACUCUUCUUCACCUGGUACGACACGUUCACAGGUGUGCCGGUGUGCCAGCAGAACAUCUCCCUGGAGCGUGCGAGUGUUCUAUUCAACAUGGCCGCCCUCUACUCUCAGAUCGCAACGCGCUCCCAACGCCACACGGCACACGGCCUACAGGAGGCUAUCAACACACUGCAGUCCGCAGCAGGCGUGCUCCACCACCUCAAGGAGACGUUCACACACACCCCCUCCUACGACAUGAGUCCGGCCAUGCUAAGCAUGCUAUCGCGCAUGAUGCUAGCUCAGGCUCAGGAGUGUGUCUUCGAGAGAACCGUCGCCUCCAUACGAAACCUCUUCCUCUCGCUACUCAAGAUGGCACAAGAAGCCGCUAAGGUGAGUGAGAUGUAUGAUGCUGUUCACCAGUCCAUGAUCCAGUCUCCUAUCAAGGACAACGUGCCGCUCUUCUGGAGCACCAUGGCCCAGGUCAAGACCUCCCACUACCGAUCUCUAGCACACUACUUUAUAGCCACCGCUCUCAUCGACCACCAGGUGAGUCCCGGUGACGAUGAGGACCAGCAUGAGAAGGCUUUCUCUCAGCUGUACGACGCCAUGCCAGACGCACGAGCACCUCUAGACAUACUCAGAAGCACACCGGACAGACAACGCAUAGGUAAGGCCCAUCUGCGGCGUGCGAUCCUGGACCAUGAGGAGGCGCUGCGUGUGUGUUCUCUGUGUCGCGAGCUGAAGCGCGUGGACAUCCUUCGGGAGAUCCUGGCGGCCACACACAAGCGCUCGCUGGCCAAGUUCGCGCUCUACGAGGAGGAAGACGACUUCACGGACUACAUGGAGGCCCCCGAUAUCAACUCUAAGUCGGAGCAUCGUGCUGAGAUGGAGGUUCCAGGGUCCACUAAGGUGAAAGUCAAAGAUCUUUUCCACCGACUGGGUCCCCUGUCGGUCUUCAGUGCUAAGCAGCGUUGGACCGCCCCUCGCACCCUGAGGCUCCGCCCCGAGGACCGCGACCUUGGGUUCACCUUGAAGGGCGACGCCCCCUCGCAGAUCCAGUCGCUAGACCCGCUAUGUCCCGCUGCUAUGGCAGGUCUGCGUGAGGGUGACUACCUGGUUGCCGUGGGCGACGUGGACUGUAAGUGGAUGGGCGUGUCCCAGGUGAUGCGGUUGCUAAGAGACGUGGACGAGAGCGGAGUGGACAUCCAAGUAGUCAGUCCCAUAGAGAGCACAUCACCCCUGCCCCCUAAGAGUGCUACGUAUUGCGGCGGGCUCCCCAAGACGUACUCCAUGAUCUGCUUGGCGAUGGACGACGAGGAGAAGCCGCGGUCGGCGCGGCGCGUUGCUAAGAAACCGUCUCUGCUCAGCUGGGGCCUCAAGAACAAAUAUAAGAGCAGCAGCACCCUGAGUCUGCCCACUACAGACAGCAGCUGCAGCACUCUGCCCUGGCACAAACCACCAGCCUUCCCCUCCUCCUAUAACGACAGCAGCCUGUACUAGACACACACACACACACACACACACACACACACACACACACACACACACACACACACACACACACACACACACACACACACACACACACACACACACGCUGCCCUGGCACAAACCACCAGCCUUCCCUAGCUCUUAUAACGACAGCAGCCUGUACUAGACACACACACACACACACACAUACACACACACACACACACACACACACACACAC